AUGGCCGACAGAUACUCGUUCUCGUUGACGACAUUUUCGCCAAGCGGCAAAUUGGUCCAGAUCGAGUAUGCGUUAAACGCCGUAAAACAGGGUGUCACCACCAUUGGUAUCAAAUCCGCCAGCGGCGUCGUUUUGGCGACCGAGCGCAAACUGAACUCCACCUUGGUCAAAAACGACUGCAACGCCAAAGUUGAGAUGAUCACACCCGACAUUGCCAUGACCUAUUCGGGCAUGGGCCCCGACUUCCGUGUACUUGUAGACCGCGCCCGGAAAUUGGCCCACACCAACUACAAACGUGUGUACAACGAAUACCCGCCAGUCAAAAUCAUGGUCCAAGAGCUCGCCAAGGUGAUGCAGGAAUCGACGCAGUCGGGCGGAAUCCGCCCGUUUGGCGUGUCGUUGUUGGUGGGCGGCUACGACCUGCACUCAGACAAAUACCAGUUGUACCAGGUCGAUCCCUCGGGCAGCUAUUUCCCUUGGAAGGCCACUGCGAUCGGCAAAACCGCGGUUUCUGCCAAGACGUUCUUGGAAAAGCGCUGGAAUGAGGACUUGGAGUUGGAGGACGUGAUCCACGUGGCGCUUCUUGCAUUGAAGGAGUCUGUGGACGGCGAGUUGACGGGCGAGAACUUGGACAUUUCCGUGAUCAGCGAUCCGCAGGACCAUUUGUUGGGCUUCAAAGGCACCGAUGUUCCCGGGCCGCGGGUCAAGAAUUUGUCCGCGGAGGAGAUAAACGACAGGCUAGAUGCUUUGUAG